GCCGCCCCGCCCGCCCGCGCAGUCAGACUUUGACCCGGCGCGGGCUUCGGUGGCCGCCGUGGACAGGAGCCUAGGAGCUUUGGUUCAAGACGAUUAAAGCCGUGGGAUGAGGACGCAGUGACAGGACGCGGUUCUGCCCUGGGAUUCUGAAGAUAGAGCGCGUUGAAAGGCGAAUUCAUGGUGGUGGAAGCUGAGCCCAUAUUAAGAGAUGUCAGGCGUCCGACCCCCGAUCAUGAACGGGCCCCUGCACCCCCGGCCCCUGGUGGCGCUGCUGGACGGCCGGGACUGCACGGUGGAGAUGCCCAUCCUGAAGGACGUGGCCACGGUGGCCUUCUGUGACGCGCAGUCCACGCAGGAGAUCCACGAGAAGGUGCUGAACGAGGCCGUGGGGGCACUGAUGUAUCACACCAUCACACUGACCAGGGAGGACCUGGAGAAGUUCAAGGCCCUUCGGAUAAUCGUCCGAAUCGGUAGCGGUUUUGAUAACAUCGACAUCAAGUCGGCUGGGGAUUUAGGCAUUGCUGUCUGCAACGUGCCGGCCGCGUCCGUGGAGGAGACCGCCGACUCCACCAUGUGCCACAUCCUCAACCUGUACCGCCGGACCACCUGGCUGCACCAGGCACUGCGGGAAGGCACGCGGGUCCAGAGUGUCGAGCAGAUCCGGGAAGUGGCCUCCGGAGCCGCCAGGAUCCGCGGGGAGACCUUGGGCAUCAUUGGACUAGAGCAUCCCUUCCGUGGCCACAGGGGCGGAAAGUGGAGAAGCAGCUUGCUACAGAGUUGUGGUCACUACUGCGCUGCUCCACGUUCAGAGGCUGCCCGCGGGUCCCAGAAAGGAAGGGGCCCGAAGGCAGCUGCAAAACAUGCUGAAAGCAAUUUACGCUCUUCACCUAUUUUCACAAAAGUGGAAACCUGCUUCGGGUUUCUUGGCUUCUCGGAACGGGGCGCUGACGCAGGCCGCGUAGGGCAGGCAGUGGCUCUGCGGGCCAAGGCCUUUGGCUUCAGCGUGCUCUUCUACGACCCCUACCUGCCGGACGGCACAGAGCGGGCGCUGGGGCUGCAGCGCGUGAGCACCCUGCAGGACCUGCUCUUCCACAGCGACUGUGUGAGCCUGCACUGCGGCCUGAACGAGCACAACCACCACCUCGUCAAUGACUUCACCGUCAAGCAGAUGAGACAAGGGGCCUUCCUGGUGAACACAGCCCGAGGUGGCCUGGUGGACGAGAAGGCGCUGGCUCAGGCCCUGAAGGAGGGGCGGAUCCGUGGCGCAGCCCUGGAUGUGCACGAGUCGGAGCCCUUCAGCUUUAGCCAGGGCCCCCUGAAGGACGCACCCAACCUGAUCUGCACCCCGCAUGCGGCCUGGUACAGCGAGCAGGCGUCCAUCGAGAUGCGCGAGGAGGCGGCUCGGGAGAUCCGCAGAGCCAUCACAGGCCGGAUCCCCGACAGCCUGAAGAACUGUGUGAACAAGGACCACCUGACGGCCGCCACCCACUGGGCCAGCAUGGACCCUGCUGUGGUGCACCCCGAGCUCAAUGGGGCCGCCUACAGCAGGUACCCUCCCAGAUCUAUGGGGAGGACCAUUGGCCACGGUCAGGAUGUCAGGACGUUAGUGUCCAGUUGUGGCCCCUCCCCCACGGAGGGCAAGACCCCCAGAUCGGGGUGGGGCCCAGAGAAGGGAACAGGACAGGUGGCCCCGAGGAGGACCUGAGGAAUCUCUGGGCCC